AUGAAAGUCCCAUCAGGUCUCGCGUGCCUCUUCGCCCUCGGCUUAAUCAGAGACGUCUUUGCCCGCAUUUCCAUCAGGCAUUGCGAAUGCCAGACACCCCCAAAUAAAUUAAAGGAUGUCAAUGAUGACCUCAUCGCCUCGAUGCUCGACGGCACGUUGUCCUGGCCCAAGGACAACGAUACAACAGCCAGCUGCUGCCAGUCCAUCCACACACCAGGCGAGAAUGUCUGUUCAAUUCAGAAAGACCUCACGCAGGGAACUCAUAACGCCGCGUUCGAGUUCUUGAAAUGUUGCUACUUUGACAAGACGAUGCUUGCGGAUUGUUUCGAUUGA